AUGCAGCGGGUGGUGCUUUCCGGCGCUGCGAUGCUUUUACGUGCUGCCAUCGUAUUCCGUCUCGAGAGGUUAUUCUGGCAAAUGACGAGAGUCCUGAUCUAUUCAGGCGCCACAUAUCUUGUGCGAGAUCUCAAGGAAAUGAGCAACUCUGAAAACAUCAGUGCAGUCAUGGUGGAAUGCAUUGGAAGAGAGACAGCCAAAAAGUCUCUGACCUGUCAAUCCGAACAAUUGAAGUUUCACGAGCUUACACUCUAUGCGGAGACGACAAAUGUGCAGACGGUGUAUUUGAUGGUGUGCAAGGCGCGAGAGAUGGCUGCAACCCUCAUCAGCAAAAACAUCACCUGGAAGAGUCUUCAAGACGAAGCAUGCGUUGGCGAUCGUGCAUACUGCAAACGAGACUUCGCCGAAGAGCUGCGGAAGGCUGUCAACGACUUCAUCGGAAACAUGCCGGGCAUCUGCCUCGGAUGUUUCCUGAGCAAACGCGAAGGGUGCCUCAGCACCAGCGAGGAUUGUACUCAAUGUACGCGAACGACCGGAUGA